AUGUUUUCCUUUAAGCCUCCUUCGUCAUUGUUACAUCAAAUUUCAUUGAAUGCACAAAGAAAACAUCAAGCCAAGUUGAUACCAAUAAUACAACAAUAUCAAGAACGAGCCUUUGCCAAGUUACGUUAUUCUUCGGAUCAUAGUAUUAUUAAUACUAGUAAUACAAUUAGAUAUUUAAAACCAUCAAUAGGAAAGCUUGUUGUUGAACAAUAUUUACCUAAAGAUUUGGUAAAGCAACAAGGAGAUGAAGUAAUAGAUUAUAAAGGAUUUAAAAUUCCUAAACGUUAUAUUGAAGGAGAUUUGUCGAGUAUCGAUUUUUCAUUUCUUGCAAUUUAUACAAAGUAUAAAAUUGAUAGUGUGAAUGAUUUGAUUGGUUUGUUGAGGGAGAUUGUCGAGGGUAGUAAUAGUGGAAAUAUUAAGAAGGAGGAAUUUGCAUCAAUUUGUUUGAAUAUUUUGGAAUUGAUUAGUAUGAAUAUUUAUGAAUUGGAGAAUAGUGCCAAACAGGAUUAUACUUUAAAGUUUAAUAAGAUUGUUUCCUUGUUGAAUGUACAUUUACUACCAGAACUUGUUAUCAAAAUCAAGGAAAGAAUCGAGGGAUUGGACACAAAGGAUACAAAGAAUAUUAAUUUUCUUCUCAGUCGUUGUGAUUGGUUCCAAUUUAGUAAAAAGUCAUGGUUUUGGUCGGCACUAGAAAGAGCAGAAGAAGAAUUCAGAACUGAGUUUGUACGUUUUCAACUGGAAAACAUGAAGCCAAUCUCGAUUCCUAAUAAUUAUAUUGGAACUUUAAUUACUAAUGGUGAGGUGGAAAUGUUGCAACAAGCACAUGUUUUACACGAACGUCAUGGAAAUUUGUAUUUUGAUCUUUCUAAGGGAUUAUUUGAUGAAAACAUGGAGGUUAGGAGAAUUUCUUACUCUAUUCAAAUGACCAGUUUAUCAUCAGGCAUUGAAAAGAAAGUUGAAUCUUUGUUGGCUUCACAAAAGGCACUUGCAAAAGAAUGUAAAUAUGACAACUUUUAUGAUUUGAUGAAUAGAAAUGAUGUUUCUGAUUUUAGAAUAGUUUUAAAUGAUUCUUUAUUGGAAUUACAACGAGAAUUAGGAGAUUCUAAUCUUUCUGUAUCAGAUCUUCCAUAUUUGAGAAAGACAUUUUUGGAUGAUCCAAUCAGAAAACUCUCAACAACAGAGACUAUGGACGGUUUGAGAAAUAUUUUCAAGGAUUUGUUCAAAAUUGAUUUGAAAUUCUUUGAAAUCCGUGCACAAUUGUACAAUAUUGAAAUCAGAUCGAAGAACGCAGAUUUGAUCAGCUCUGGUAGAUUGGACUUGAAUACUAUGACAUACUCCAAGGUUUUCGCAGAGGAUCGUACCUAUUUCUGUCUUCAGUUUGCAAAAGGAUCAGAAGAUUUUGCCAAGUUCUCAAUUAAGGAGAGUUUCCAACUCGAUACUAUGAGCAUUGAGAAUGUUGUAGACUUGUUUAUUCAAUUAACCAAAGCAAUAAGGUAUCACAUUGAUGACGACUCUUUCUCUGAAAUAGAAUUCAACAAAGAGGAGAUGUUCGUUAUUGAUAAGAUUAUGGAAAUGACAAUUAGAAAUGAGAAAGUUUUCCUCAAAUACUUUUACAAAGAACCAUCUGAUCAAGAUAGUAUCAAAAAAUUGUAUCAUGACAGAUCCCAAAGAUUAGCCACCAUUCAGAAUAUUGAGGAUCAAGAAAAGAUUAUGAGUCAACUCAAUGCCUAUUCAUAUUUCUUGGAGGAAGAAUUCAAGGAAACUGAAGCUACCAAAAUGUGUAGAGAUAGCGUUUUCAGAAAUAUUAAGGAACAAUUAUAUAGAAUUCCUUCCUUGACUAUCACAGGAAGAAAUGAUCACUUGUUAAAUCAACAUUUCCUCAAGAAACAAGCCAAAGAUAUUUGGAAUUUAUACUUUUCUCAGGAUCCACUGGAUAGCUCUAAAAUGUUGGAACUAUUCUGCUCUACUCCUGAACUCAAAGAUGAACCACACAAACGUUCAAAGCGCUCAAAAGCUAUCUUUUUUUACACAUUAUUAUUUAUUAUUUUCUCGAUUAUUGGAUAUAUUUUAGAAUAAAUAAAUCAGUAUUCC